AUGGCGUGGGCGUUUGGCCACCGGUGGCGAGGAGCUUUGAGGAUACGAGAUAGGAGAAGACGCAGACGGCAUCUUGAAGAUUGGUCCCGGGCCCCCGGCUCUUUUCACCGCAAUAUCGCCAACGCGACUGAGAGCACCGGCUUCGGAUCCCCGAUCAAAAACGAAGACGGAUCAUUGCAGGUGCCGCCAACGAAGAAGCAAAAACGAAACAAACCUACUUUAUCUUGCUUUGAAUGUGUAGAAAGAAAGACCAAGUGCGAUAGAGGCCGACCUCACUGUAUAAAACGACAAACUGAGUGUAAAUAUGCCACCGUUGCUAAUAUCCUGGAGGAGACGAAUCGCUCUGUUAGUAAUGCUCGACGGAUGACAAAGCCUCCAAAGAAAAAACCACCGUUAUCAAAUGGAUUCGAAGGACCCAAGCAAGCUCCGAACCCUUUUGAGAGAAGUGCUUCAAGAGGCUCAACAUCCUCAUCUACUGGCUUACUCUCCAAUGUUCCAUAUUCGCACCCCACUGCUUCAAACGUCUUCGGCAUCGGCUCAGAGCAUCCAUUUGCAAAUUAUUGGACAUGCCAAGGAGGCCUACCGGAGACAAUCUCUGUCUUACCUGAGAAGCUGCAAGCGGACAUCCUGCUGGAGCGGUAUUUCGAGUGUGUUGAUCCAGUCUACCCAAUGAUACACCGGCAAACAUUUUAUGCCGACUAUGAGCAUUUCUGGUCCCUGCCCCAAGAUGAAAAGAAUCGGGUUGACGGUGCACUCGUCGCCUUGACGUUUGCCAUGCUAGCAAUGGGAACCCAAUUCGUGACGACAACCUCACCCCGAGAACGACAGCAAACGGCUGAAUUCUACGUCUCCGCAGGUCAUCAAUCGCUACGCAUGAGCUCCUACCUCAAUAAGGCUUCCGUCCGCUCCAUUCAAGCCAUGGUCCUUAUAACCUACUUCCUCAUAAACGACAACCACGCCUCGGACGGCUGGGCCUUCGCUGGGAUCCUAAUCCGCCAAGCCUAUGCCAUGGGCUUACACAGAGAUCCCAACAUCGUCUGUCCCAACGCCAGCAUCUUCGAGAAGCAAGUCCGGCGGAAACUUUGGCAGGCCGUACUCCUCCAAGACACCUUCCUAACCGUCCUCCUCUCGCUUCCUCCGUCAGCUACCCAUACAGACGUCAACGUCGAAGACCUCAUCGACGACUCGUCCUCCAUCGCAAACACUAACCCCACAGACACAGCUUACAUCCGGGGCUGCUGGACGCUCGCCAACCUCGUCCAAGAAACCAUCUGCUCACCCCGCUCCCUCGACCUCCCCAUCUGUGCCACUCCGCGCCAAAAAUCCAAACUUCUCGCUGACUUCCGGGCCGUAUACCGAUCUUUCCCGGACAUUUUUCGCUCCUGGGACGCAGAAUCCAUCGGCCAACUCUGCGCAGCAAAUAAGCGUAUCGUCCGUCAAACGUUAUUCUUGACGAGCAACUACUUUCACAAUGUGAUGUUGUUGCAUAGUAGUGCGAGCGCAGAGGUGCCUGUUAAUGUGAGGGGAGCGCUGGAGGCAGCACAUGACGCGAUUCACGCAUUUUUCUUACUGUAUCAAUUGUUCGAGAGCGAAGCGAAGGUGUGGUGGGUGUUUAAUCACAGGGCAUUCUUGGAGGCGAUGUGCAUCGGGAAUAUACUUCGAGAAGAAGCAAAGCUGGAAGGUGGAGAGGAAUUACUACUGAAGGAUCCGCUAUUUCUGAGGGCUAAGGCUGAUAUUGUGAGAAUGAUCGAGAUAAUGCAACUAAUGAGUGAAGGGGAACACGGUUCUGCCGUGGCGUUGACGAGGGUUUCUGUGUUAAGUACCUAUCUGCCUGAAGCACAAAUAUCUCCGCAGAUAUCAACAAUAUAG